GUCCCCGAUCUUGAUGAAUAUAUAUCUUGACCUCUUCGACCGUGAAGUGUACAAGAUAUCAAUGAGAUAUGAAACUUUAGAUACAAGGAUUCAUAUGGAUCAGGAUUGUUCCAGCUCAAAGCUGCGCAGCUGGUUUAGAAGACAGAUGAAUGGCCCUAGUGUUCCACACACUAGUGUGGAGAAAUCUGGGGUAAGAGUACAUUCUUGUCGAUGCAUGGAUGAGAUAUUUUUUAUUGUUUCAGGUUCCAAAGAAGUGGCUCUUUCUUUCAAGUCUGAGAUUCAUAGUUACUUGCAGAAUUCCCUCCACUUGAAUGUUAAUGAUCAAUCAGAUAUAUUACCAUGCAAUGGUCCCCAUGGUGUUUGCUUUCUUGGCACUUUGGUUAAAGGAAGUGUGAGAGAGAGUCCUGCAGUAAGAGCUGUUCACAAGUUAAAGGAAAAAGUCAAGUUAUUUACUUCACAGAAACGAGAAUCUUGGGAUGCUGGGACAUUCAGAAUUGGGAAGAAAUGGCUGGCCCAUGGAUUGAAGAAUGUAAAAGAAUCAGAGAUUAAGCAGCUAUCGGAUAGUCGCUCUCUUUUGAGCCAAAUUUCCAGCUUCCGUAAAGCUGGGAUGGAAACUGACCACUGGUACAAACACUUGCUAAAGAUAUGGAUGCAAGACCUCAGUCCCAGAUCUUCAGAUACUGUGGAAUAUAUUUUAUCUAAGUACAUUGCAGAACCAUUGCUUCCCCGAGAACUAAGAGAUUCCUUUUAUAAAUUCCAGAAGUGUGCAGAAGAAUAUAUUUCUUCGGAGACAGCCUCAACUCUUACCCUUUUGUCCAAUUCUAGCUCUUCUUCUGAUUUUGUCUUCACAGAGAUUAUUGCUCCUGUAAACAUCAUAAAGAAGCGUCUAUUACGGUAUGGAUUGACAACCAAUGAAGGAUACCCCCGCGCAUGUCAUAAGCUCAUCUUACAGGAUAACAAUCAAAUUAUUGACUGGUUUUCCGGUCUAGUUCACAGAUGGCUUAGAUGGUAUAGUGAGUGUGAGUGUAACAAUUACAGUGAAGUCAAGCUCAUUAUUUCUGAUCAAGUAAGGAAAUCUUGCAUCCGUACACUGGCGGCUAAGUACAGAAUACAUGAAACUGAGAUAGAGAAACGAUUUGAUUCAGAACUGAGCAGAAUCCCUUCAACCCAAGAGAUAGAGAAUGAGAUGGCAAAUGAAACAUUGGAUUUUCAAACUUCCAGGUAUGACGAAUCAUUAUUGUAUGGAAUUUCUAGUAGCGGCCUGUGUUUAUUAUCUUUAGCCAGAACGGUGAGCAAGUCGAGGCCUUGUAGUUGUUUUGUUAUUGGGUGCAUGGCUGCAGCACCAUGUGUUUACACUCUUCAUGUGAUGGAAAGGCAAAAGUUUCCAGGUUGGAAGACAGGAUUUCCUAGUUGUAUACAUCCCAGUUUGCGUGGAAGGCGAAUUGGAUUGUGUAAACAGCAUCUGAAGGAUUUAUAUCUCAGUCUUAUAUCACUCCAAUCUAUUGAUUUUGGUGCUUGGAGAUGACAAUACCUUAUUAAAGGUAGUCUCUGUUAAUCGAUGAGAAAACAUGUCAAUGGAGCACUUGUAGAUCUAGGAAAACAUAGAAGCUGUAAUAGGAGAUUUAACUUUGGGAUGGAACGCUAAUGUACCAGAACAAGGGUCAACUUGAGAACGUGAGGUAUAUAGCCACAACAGUUGCUUUUCGUUCUGCAUCAUAUAUGAAGAUCCUCAUAAUCCUUGGUCCCC